AGCCCAGGGGCGCCACGUAUAGCAGCCUGACAGCUCGCCGCGCUACCUAUUUUUGCGGCAAGGUCGUCCCGCGUCUACACACCGUGGAGCUCCAGAAAAAGCCGCACGCACCACCGCUGUGUCGAUUCAACGAGUAAUCAAAAGCAAUUCGCCAAGGAGGGGAGGCGUGAAGAGCACUGUGCUUGAUCUCCGUCUCCGAGAACGCCGACAACGACGGUCGCUGCAGGACUCGAGUGACCAUUCCAUGCUGGCCAUCCUCUCUACCACACCAGCUGUUCAUUCGUCAGCCGAGUUGUACGAGCCGGCGGCAGCGGUGACAGCACCCUACCCGACCGCGGGCGGGGUGGCGCGCCGGUCGACGGGCGGCGGCGGUGCCACGCGCAGACGACGCGGCCCUUGGGCUGUUGUGCCACAGGCGCAGCCGGGGCCGUCGGUCGUGCUGCUGUAUCACAUCGAAAAGACGGGCGGCUCGGCGGUGAUGAAGUGGCUCAAGCGGCAGACGCAUGCGCCAUCGCGGCUGGCUGCAGUCUAUUCGUACUCGCAGACGUCCUGCUUCUUUGCCCUGCACGCGGACCUCUUCCCUGGCAUGGAGCCGCGCUGGCGCGACAAGCUCUGCGGCGGCGCCGCGCCUCUCGACUGGCGCUCCUCGAAAGUUGCAGUCGAGUUCCACUCCUACUCGAAGGGCUUCUUCCUGCGCAGCGUGCUCCCUGCCCUCGGCGCGCUAAAGCGGCGGUACGCAGAGGCAAACGGCACGGUGGUGGCCGUCACGUCGAUCCGCGAGCCGGCGUCGCACCUGCUGUCCAAGUACCGGAUGUGGCCGCCGCGCACGGCCGACCGCACGCACGCGGUGCCCCUGCCCGCUUGGCUGGCGUCGGGCGAGGCGCACUCGCUGCAGAGCCGAGCGCUGCUCUCGGAGCGGCCGGCGUUGCCUGGCUGCGAGGGGCUCACCGAGGCACGCGCGCGGCUGGGCCAGUUCGACGUCGUCGGCGUCACCCACUGCUUGCGCCCUCUGCUCGCUGCGAUCGAGGAGCGGCUCGGCCUCCCGCACGACCCUGCGCGGACUGGCGCCGCGCUGGCGGCGUACCACCGCCCGCAGCACUGGGGCGGCGCGAUCGGCCGCGAGGCGUCGGAGUGGACGGCGUCGCGGCUCAAUGCGACGGGGCGACGCCUCUUGGGCGACGCGACGCGGUGCGACGAAAGCCUCUACAGCGACGCUCUCCGCAGGCAGCCCCCGCCGCUCGAAACAAAGGAAUCCGUCAAAACACUCUGUCAACCUCCGGCGGCAGCAGCUCAAUGGCGGAUCUGGCAGAGUAUCCCGAGGGCAGCGGAGAAUACUACGUUGAUGUCCGAGGCGAUUGGGUCAGGGUGAGGGUGAGGGAGGAGGGGGAGGAGGAGUUCGGCGCUUGGAGCGGUGCCGGACAGGGGCCCACAGGGGAGGAAAAUGGAGGACAAUGUCGACACCGCUCUGAUUCGACUUUUAACUCUUCAAACAAUCAGUGGCACGCGCCGCAGUGCGUGCCACUGUAGCGGAUCCGUCUACAGUUAGUUCGAUCAGUAGUCGGCUCCAUCUCGAUGUGAGCACACAUGCCCCACGCCGAGCGAAGGGGGGGUGUCUUGACGAGUCGUUUGAGUAGGAAUUAGUGUCUUGUAGCGUGCUUUGUGCACGCGGGUUAACCAUUGCGGCAUCAACACCU